GAUCUCACAACUCAUUAAUGGGAUCACGGAGAUAAUUAAUGGGAUCUCGCAGCUCGUUAAUAGGAUCACAGAGCUCACUCAUUAAUGGGAUCUCACAGCUCAUUCAUGGGAUCACAGAGCUCGUUAAUGGGAUCUCAGAGCUCAUUAAUGGGAUCACACAGCUCACUCAUUAACAGGAUCACAGAGCUCAUUAAUAGGAUCACAGAGCUCGUUAACGGGAUCACACAGCUCAUUAAUGGUAUCUCAGAGCUCAUUAAUGGGAUCACACAGCUCGCUCCUUAAUGGGACCACAGGGCUCAUUAAUAGGAUCACAGAGCUCGUUAAUGGAAUCACACAGCUCAUUAAUGGAAUCACACAGCUCAUUAAUGGGAUCACACAGCUCGUUAGACAAAAAUGAGGCGCGGGCGAAACCCAGUGUGAGGAGCAGCUGGGCGGGCUGGGGGUGCCCCGCGGGCAGUGCCACCCUGUGCCACCCCGUGCCACCCUGUGCCACCCUCCCGGGCUAUAAAUGCCCGCCGAGCCCCGCUGCCCCAUCCCGACCCUGAGGAGCUGAUCUGCGCUCAGCCGGCUGGCCAUGGCGUGUCCCCUGGAGCAGGCGAUGGCCCUCAUGGUCACCACCUUCCACAAGUACUCGGCCAAGGAGGGCGACAAGUACAAGCUCAGCAAGGCCGAGCUCAAGGAGCUGCUCAACAAGGAGCUGCCCGUCUUCGGGAGCAAACAAAUGGACGAGGCCGAGUUCAAGCGGCUGAUGAACGACCUGGACCACAACAAGGACAGCGAGGUGGAUUUCAAGGAGUACGUUUGCUUCCUGGCCUGCAUCACCAUGGGCUUCAACGAGUUCUUCAAGGACGACCCCAGCAAGCAGCACCGCAGGAAGUGACCCCGGAGUGACCCCAGAGUGACCCCAGAGUGACCCCGGAGUGACCCCGGAGUGACCCCUGGGAUGACCCCUCCAAUGACCCCUUCAGUGACCCCUCCAGUGACCCCUCCCCGUGCCCAUCCCAACCCUGAGGGGUUUUCAAUAAAAGCUUUUCCCUGAUCCCGGA